GAGUAGAAUCGGUUGAUUUUAUGUGAAAUAUAUAUAUGUGGCCUCCCAAAUAAUCCAAGUAGAAUCGGCGGCGACGAUGAAAGCUGUAGUAAUCACAACUCCGGGAGGUCCAGAAGUUCUAAAACUGCAAGAAGUAGAAGAUCCAGAGGUGAAAGACGACGACGUAUUGAUAAAAGUGGAAGCCACAGCUUUGAACAGAGCCGAUACACUUCAACGGCAAGGGAAGUACCCACCCCCAAAAGGGGAGAGUGAGUAUCCCGGUCUGGAAUGUUCUGGAACCAUCCUAUCCCUCGGUAAAAACGUUUCCCGUUGGAAAGUUGGUGAUCAGGUAUGUGCUCUUAUAAGUGGUGGAGGAUAUGCUGAAAAGGUAGCUGUACCUGCUGGUCAAGUCCUUCCUAUCCCGCCUGGCGUUUCUUUGAAAGAUGCUGCCAGCUUCCCUGAGGUCGCGUGCACCGUUUGGUCAACUGUCUUCAUGACAAGCAAGCUAUCUUCCGGAGAAACAUUUCUGAUACAUGGUGGUUCUAGUGGCAUUGGUACAUUUGCAAUUCAAAUUGCCAAAUACUUCGGCGUUAAAGUGUUUGUCACAGCAGGGAGCGAGGAAAAAUUAAAAGCCUGUAAGGAUCUUGGAGCCGAUGUUGGGAUCAACUACAAAACGGAAGAUUUUGUUGCACGUAUAAAGGAGGAAACAGGCGGGAAAGGGGUUGAUGUUAUACUGGAUAAUGUUGGUGGGCCCUACUUCCAGAAAAACCUGGAGAGCUUAGGUAUCGGUGGCAGGCUUUUCAUCAUUGGUUUUAUGGGUGGAGUGAAAGCCGAAGCAAAUAUAUCAUUGUUACUGGCAAAACGGCUCACUGUGCAAGCUGCGGGCUUGAGAAGCCGAAGUAUAGAAAAGAAAGCGGAAAUAGUGAGUGAUGUGGAGAAGAAUGUUUGGCCGGCAAUCGCACAAGGGAAGGUGAAACCUGUUGUUUACAAGUACUUCCCGUUAUCUGAAGCCGGAGAGGCUCACAAGCUUAUGGAAACCAGUACACAUAUUGGCAAAGUACUGUUACUUGCAUGAAGCUUGUGUCCAUGCUUAAAUGUUAUCACAACUCUUUUUUUUUUUUUUUUUUUUUAUUUCUUGUGUUUGCACUUCAAUAAUAAAUAGCCUGUGUGUGAAAUGAUAAAAUUGGUUGAUUUGGGUCAUAUCAAACUGGCUCACUCCUAUAAAAUCAGCUAACUUA